AUGCUGACGCGACAUGGUCUACUGCUACUUGUGGAGAUCUCGUUCACAACAGCCUUUCGCCCGUCGCUGCUGGCCAGAGGCAAUGCCUCCGUUGCAGAAGUGCUGCCACCGCCAGCACCUCCAGCAGCACCGCCUUGUGUAGUUUGCAUCAAGUCGGCUUUGCAUUCGACGCCUUUUCAGUCUGCCACGGUGAUCCAGACCCCCCGAAAAUUGCAGCCUACGCUGGAAAAUCUCCGGCGGAUGCUGGAGCUCGGUGCCUUCACCCUCGCGUGCUUCUGUGUUCUGCAGUGGAGGGGUUCAGCUACGACGACCAGUCAGCCCAUUCAAAGUCCGCACCUUGACCUCGAUGCCUCGCUCACCGUCUGUGGUGUGGGACGGUACCAACUGACCAUUGCGCUGGCCAUCAUGCUCGCGUGGAUGGCUGAUGGAGCAGAGAACGUGCUGCUUCAUAACAUGUCCCCGCACCUGGUAGAUGCGCUGGAUACAGACGAGAUCAGCUUGGCCGACCUGCGCAUCUUCUGCCACAUCGCCAUGGCUUGCUCAGCAUUCCUCAGUGGGUCCUGCGCAGACAGCUUCGGUCGGCGUCCUGUCUUCUGUAUCUCAUGUCUUCUGGCUGCCACGUUCUCAUUGCUUUCCAUCUUUGCGCCGGUUUUUUGGAUAUUCUGCCUUUGUCGCGUUCUGACCGGCAUCGGCUUGGGGGCCCUCGUCGGGACGGAUGUAGCACUGCUUUGUGAAUUCUUGCCAGUGUCGAAGCGAGAGUGGGUGGUCCCGUUCCUCUACGUGGGCUAUGUGUUGGGGCGACUCUACGCAGACUUCUGCACUGCUAAAGUCUAUCCGCUGUUGGAGAACUGGCGUGCCCCUUUCCUUCUUUGCAGUUUGCCACUAGUACCUUCUUGCCUGCUGCGCUUCGGCCUGCACGAGACGCCCCAGGCUCUCCUUGCACGAGGCUUGGUCGGCCAUGCCAAGUUUGUUCUCACGGCAGUGGCUCAGACAAAUGCCAGUGUGAGGAGCACUUCCUGCGUCAUCACCGGUGGCCGACCCGUCAAGCAAUACCAGGGUCUCGACUUCCGAAAUUGCCUCAAUGCGGGCUUCCUGGCUGCCGUCCGACAGAACCACCUGGAACGAGUGUUGGCCGUCUCCAUCUUGGCCGUGGCCGUGGCGCUCGGGAGAAUCCUGGAUUCCGUCACGCCGGAGGUCGAGGCGCACUUCAACCUGCACGGCAACUCUUUUUCCAGUCCGGUGUGGUGCGCUGCUCUGACCUGUUUGUGGUGUGCCUUGAGCAUCGGGAUGAUGCAGACGGGCUUCCUGGCUUGGGACAUCUUCAUUGGAGGUUGCCUCAUCUCGCAAGGAGUGUUGUUGGCCUUCUCUUAUCUUUGGCAGAUCUCAUCGCCGGGCUGGAAAAGCUUCAAUUUGCUCCUUGCUGCGUGGGCCAUCGCUGAGGGCGUGACGAGCACGCCGUUCUACGCCAUCUGUGUCCGGAUGUUCCCUGAGAAUGCCCGUGCGACUUCCAUGGGACUUGUCGACGCCUUUUUCAGAUCAGUCGUGGCACUUCAGCCCUUUCUUGCAGCGGACCUUCUCAGCAACCUUGGGACAGCUUUGACAGCGGCCGUGCUGGGGGCUUGCUGGCUCUCGGUGGCGGCUUGGGCGCUGAUUCUGCGUCGCCUCUGGGAGGCGCCCCCUCAGCCCGAGGAUGUCGAAGUGUCCAAGGUUUCUACGAUCUAUGCCACCGUAGAGGUGUCUAGAUCCAAGAGGACCACUGCCCACAACGUGAUAUUGCGAAAUAUUGCGAACGGAGCAAUUAGAAUUCAUCUUGAAGUCCGCAAGCAAAGCCGAGAACAUCACAGGAUCUGGGAGUCCGAGGCUUUGAAGCAAAUCGCUUCGGAACUGCCGACGGCAAACCUUGAUCUCAAUGCCCGGUUAGAGAAGCUCACGGAGCCCAAGAGCCAAGGCGAUAGCCACUUCAGGCUGCUUCUCGAAGAUCCCGGUCGGUAUGAGCUGCAUCCGCAGCUUGCGCCGAUGGUGCUAAGGGCGUUUUACCGCCUGCUGUGGCUGCAGAACCAGGAUCUUGGCCAGCGCGGCAGUCCGAAGCUGCAGCUGCGUGUCCUCAGCGGCGAGCCCGACCCGCAGGCCUUCCUAGAUGUCUCCUGCCAGGGGGCUUGCCACGAUUCGCUGGCUGCCGUUGCUCCUGGUGCAGGCCCCGCCCUCACGUCGCAGCUGCAGGCGGCACUUCCGCGGCGGCGUAGCCUUGCUGCCUUCUUUUCUCGGGCGUCGAGGUCAACUCCACGAAAAGUCAGCGAGCAGAAUCUUCUGGAUCGCAUUGACCACUUGGCCCUCCUAGCGCUGGAGACCACAGGGAGCCGCAUCGCGAUGGAGCUCGAUGUGGUCAUCAUAGGAAAUGGGCCCAGCGGCUUGGCUGUGGCCUCUGCGCUGAGCGGCUUCGUGCCGCAGGUCGCUGUGCCGGCGAGGCGCAUUUCGGAUCCUGCGGUUAGACACGCGGCCGAGAAGCUCUCGGGCAAAACUCUCGACGAGGCGGUGGGCUUGCACGCCCUCUCGGCAGGGAUCCAGCGACGCUGCGUAAACCCGACGGCUGCGUUGGUUGAUGCUUUGCGAUAUCCGGAAGGCGAUGGCCGCGGCCUGUCGCUCCUGCACUCCACCAAGCAGCCGGCCAUACGGCAUGCAGUGAUUGGCUCCAGUGCUCCAGGGGGGAGCUGGCAGUCGAUGUCUCCUUCCACUGUGACACUAUCUCCAGGCUCAUGGAUGGACCUUCCAGGCUACUCCCUGGAAGAGCAUCUCAAGAGCGAGCGCUCGAAGGAGGCACGUCGAUUGCUCCAGAAGGGCAGUGCAGAGGCCCUAGCAGCUUCGCGUGUGCCGCGGUGGCUUGUGGCAGAAUACUAUGUCGCCUAUGCACGAAGACUGCCGUCUUCUUUCAUCAAUGGAACUGUGACGCACAUGGUGCCAGACGGAGAAUCGUGGAAGCUCCAGAUAUCCGCUUCUCCGGCGGAGGCGGAAUCUUGUGCUCCCAGACUUGAGAUCAAGGCCAAUGCAGUGGUAUUGGCUAUGGGCAUGGCCGACCUUCCUGAGACAUUGGGCAUUCCAGGCGAAGAUUUGCCCUGGGUCACGCACCGUCCUCCCAUUCAUUCUCCGGUUCUCAUGGAGAAGAUAGGUCACCUAUUGGUGGUGGGUGCCGGUCUCAGUGCAGCAGAUGCCAUCCUGCACACGCUGCUCAGAGGCAGGGGGCGGGUCACCCAUGUGUUUCGCGGAAAGGCGCUGAGCACAAAGGUCGGGAAAAUGUUUGGCUCCUACACAGGGAACGAAAUGUACGAGGAGGAGGAGUGGCUCGCGCAGCUCAUGACCGGAGCGGUUCAAGACGAGCGCUACGCUGCUUUGGCAGAGUCGGAGCUCCUCGAUAUCCAGGACGACGGCAGCUGCCGAGUUCGUGGACCAACGCAAGAGCUGCUUUCCGUUUCCGAUGUUUCUGUCGUAGCACUCCUGCUUGGAUCCGCGCCGCAGCUGAGCUGGCUGCCUGCGUCUCUGCGGCGUGCCACCUUGGAACGCCCAAGAGCUCCGCAGCACCGCACGGAUGGUCAGCUCAGCAGUCACCCGCAGUUCUUGGCCAUAGACGAGGCCUGCAGGAGUAAUUGUGGAAAUCUUUGCUGCGCAAUCGCAGGGGGACGGGAGACGCCGCAGGCAACCUUGCAGCUGUCCGACGCCGAGACGGGGAAGGCCCAUGCACCAGCGCAAGCAGCUUCUGGCGACAAGCUCUGUAGGCCACAAGUGUCCACCAGCGAAAUGGGCUGGGACGUGCUGAAUAUGCCUCGACAAGCACUCCGAUCGCCAGGUGCUUUCCCCGAGCGUCUUCGACACUCGGCUAGUCUGACCAAGCUAUUGCCAGCCAGCUUGGAGAAACGUGCCCCUUCACAGGGGCAGCCGAUGGGGCAGAGCACCUCCGUGUCGGAAGAGGUCCGGCAAGAUGCUGGAGCCGCCCGGACCCCAGACCUGUCGGACGAAAAGUCGGCUCCCAAAGCAGUGCCAAAGCCCGCGCUGCGCGCCCCUUCGCGGAGUCCGCCAGAGCUCGGGGCCGAGCCGCUGAGCCUGGGCCGAGACUCGGUCCUCCUCUCCAUCCGUGCUGCAACAAGCGGUGGAUGCGGUGGUCGGCAGAAGGCAGCGUUAAGUUUCGUCCAGUUCCAAGCCUUUGGGAUCCGGGCCGUCGGCUCAGAGCUGCGGCGGGUGAUGUCCGAGCGCGGGCAUUUGGGACUGUCUGGCGUGGCCGAUACUUGGACGGCCGUCGCGGUGAAGUCACUAGACAAAGCGAAAAUGAAGCAAAUGAAGGUGCCUGACACGCUGGUUACGGCCGAGGUCGAGUUUAUGCGCGAGUGCAAGGGGCAACCUUGGUUUGUUCAGCUCUACGACUUCCUGGACACUAGCCACAAGUUCUACCUGCUACUCGAGCUUUGUGAUGGAGGGAAUCUGGAGGAUGCGGCCAGAAGCCUAAAUGACGGUCUCAGCGAAGCACGCUGCGCAGCCUUCAUGCAGCAACUUCUGUCUGGAAUUGCAUUCCUCCACUCCCGGAAGAUCUGCCACAGAGACAUCAAGCCGCAGAAUGCCAUGCUUCUAGGUGAUGCACGAGGCUCCAGCUCCCGGCUGCGGCUGGGAGACUUUGGGAUUGCUGUGCGACUCGGCGAGAAGCUCCUCACGGAGAAGCUGGGCACACCAGCCUUCAUGGCGCCAGAAAUGCACAUGCUGCCGAAGUCAAACGGGUACGAUUGCAAGGUGGAUCUUUGGGCAGCGGGGACGUUCAUGGUCUUCCUCUUGUCCUUGGAAUAUCCGUUCGUGGAUCCAAGCGGCCGGCUGCUGAAGAAUGACCUGCUGAGAGGAGAUUUGCCCAUUUGGGAGGGGAACGCCUUCCAAAGCCUUUUUCGGAAUGUUCAGGAAGCUGCUGGCCUUCGAAGGAAGAGGCAGUCCGUGCCGGGCUCGCCACAUCGAAAGAUGCAGUCGUCCCGGACACUGCCUAUGCUGCAAGUGGCUGGGGCGCAGGCCUUGAAGACUUUGACCGGAAGCGGAAGUUCUUCUGCAGCGUCCAACCACCAGCUGCUUCGUGCCAACCAAAUACACAUCCACAAGCAGUGGUCCCAAGGUACUCAGAAAGACUGGCUUCCGAGACCCGACAGUCUGCCUGCGGGGCAUCCACUCCUCUACCGCAGUCUCCAAAACUGGCGUGCCGAUGAAGGCCGGCAAGGCUCCAAGCAGAGCAGAGGAUCUGGCUCCUCUCCCCCAACAAGAAUGACAUCGAAGGCCAGCGCAGCAAGAUAUAGCUCGAAGCAAUCCGCCAGUGCGGCCAGGUAUGAUUCGAAGCAAUCAGUCAUGACGCGCACCUCUCAGGCAGAUGAAUCCCGGAGCGGCUCCAAACAUUCGGCCCUGCCUGCCAUGGGCAAAACCUUCUCGUCGUCCGGCGCCAUCGCUCAGACCUCCAAUGCCUUUACCGUUGGCGUGAGCAUGCGUGACAUCUCCUCCGUGGACAACUUUCGGGGUCGCAGCUCGUCGCCUCCGCCAGUAGCACGAGAGGACACAGAGAAAGGCUCGCUCGAGCGAACAGUUUCCAAGUCGCAACGUGCAACAGAGCUCGUCCACGAGCUGCGUGACAUGGUAAAUGAGGAUGAGCGAAGGGAACGAGGUGAGACGAAGAAGUGGCUUGGGCAGGACGGGUCACUGCCACAGAGCAUCCGGCAGCUGGACUAUUGGACGGCUCGUGAUUCAUUCACUCUCUACGAUGUGAAGAAAACAGGCCACCUGGACAGAAGAACCUUCUACAACCUUCUGAAAGGCAUCAGCCGGCUGCAAGACAACAUCAACGAGGAACUCAGCGAAGCCAUCUUCGAGGAAAUCGACAUCAACAAGUCCGGUGGUAUCGACGAAGAUGAAUUUCUCGGAUGGGUCUUCCAGACGAACAAUUUUCGUCUAAACCACCUUCGAGAGAAGUUGGUGCAGCUGCCACAGGAGCAGGUGCAGCGGAUUUUCCGAAAAAUAGACAAGACAGGAGAUGGAAAUCUUGACAAGACGGAGUUUUGGCGUUUCAUCGAGACCAUUGGAGGAAUCCCUCGAGAAGCGAGUGAUGACCUGCAUGAUUUCAUUGAUAGCGACGCCUCCGGCGACAUCAAUUACGACGAGUUCCUUAACUGGGUGCAUCCCGACCGCGAGCUGAAGAUGCUGGAGCAGAGAGGACACGCGGACCAGCAAGACUAUGUGAAACUUGCUGGCGACUACGUGGCACCCAGCAAGCCGCUGAUGGAGACGCGGCCCGGGAGGCCUGUAGUCUUGCAGUUCUGGGUCGGUCGGGACUAUGCAUUCAUGGCUGAGCGAAUGAAGAUCAUCAUGAGCCAGGUCUUCACCGACAACCAGGUGGAGUGGGAGUUCAAAACGGAUGAGCGCAUCAAGGGCACGUGCUCUCGGGUCGUCGCCAAAGUCGGUCGCGGGAUCGAGCUCUGGAAUCGUGACAGAAUGAUGGCAUAUCGUGAAGAUCCCUUCCUCGAUCAGUCAGGAACAAAAGCACGACAGUGGUUGACAGAGGUGCUGAGAAGCUGCCUGCCGGACGUUGAGAGCGCUGCGAACUUGCAUCGCGCCAAGCAGCUACGUAAGCACAGGCGAGAGGAUCGACAAGGAUCUAAAGAUCCUCGUGGUAGGCCAUCGCCAGUUGCCCGUGAUUUGGUGCGACGCCUCCUGCGGCCGAAGAGGACCUUGCGGCCUGAAGCCGAAGAAGCGCUAAAGCAUCCCUGGUUCAGGGCCCCUCCCCUGGAGCCUGGCGACCAGCGCGAGGAUGAUGCUCACGAUCCUUUGCUCCAGUGGGCCGACUUCGAGGACGGAUUUGCCGCCAUCUCCAGGGAGUUCCACAGGAAAGCCCAGGAGAUGGUGGAGGCAGUGGGAGAGAUCCAGAUUGGCAUCGACCUUCCCGAGCCUCACAUCCAGCUGGACCUGCAGGAUGACAGGCGGGGAUGUAGGCCGUUGGGCUAUCAGAGUUCCGGCCACUUCGGCUUCUACUGUGACCAGUGCUACCACAGCGUAUGCAUCGGCUGUUUGGUGAAGCUGCCAAAGCCGGAGUGCCCGCACUGCCGCAAGCCAGCCUCCGACGUGGCAGCCGCACAGCACCUUGCCAAAGUCGCCGAGAACUUUGACGCCAAGGUGCGGGGUGACACGAGGCUCGACAGCCGCCUUUUGCAAAUGGAUUUGGGAGAGGUCAUGUCCGGAUCCGCUGCCGCACCCGAGGCAGCUCCCCGCCCGGUCGCCGUCGCCAAAAAGGCCAUGGCCGUCCCCGGCCCUGCUGCCACCGCCAAGGAGGGAAAGAAGCCGAUGUCCGCUGCGGAUCGUGUGGGUGCAACCGGAUCCGCGCUGAACCGAGGUGUGGGCGCGAAGGCUGAAGCGGCCGGGGGGGCCUCGGGCGCACCCAAGGCAAAGGCCAAAGCCAUGGGCGCCAUGGGCUCCGGAGGGGCCGUACCCAUGCGCUACAUGGCUGGCGGCGCAGGGGCCGGCACGGCCGGAGCCGCUGCAGUUCCAGGCCAGUCCGCGCCUCGCACCGUCCUGAAUAUCGUGAGCGGCAAGCCGGUGCCCCCGACACAGCCUGGUGCAGUUGCCACGAGCUCCGUGGGCCCCGCACGUGGCUACGCGAAGGCUGCCAGUUCCGUGCUGACCGGCGAUGCUCCCAAGGUCGGACCUCCUGCUGUUGCAGUUGGCCGCGCCAUGGCAGAGGGCCGUGGCGGAGUGACCCGCGAUGCCAAUGGCAAGCUCCGGGUCCCCAUCGGCAAGAAGUACCAGAUUGUCUUCGUCACGAGCGAGGUGGCGCCCUUCUCGAAAACGGGAGGACUUGGUGAGGCCAUGGAUGGACUUCCCAUUGCCUUGGCUGCACUGGGCCACCGCUGCAUGGUGGUCUCCCCCCGCAUCUUGGCUGGCCGCUACGACCAGUACUCGGAGGCUUGGGACACUAGCUACUGGUCGUCGGUGCCGAUGGGUGGCAAGCAGGUGGACUACGUCUUUGUGGAUCAUCCCACCUUCUUGGAGCGAGUGGAUGGCUUGACAGGCCAAGCCGGCAAGCCAAAACGAGCGAAGCUGUACGGACCGGAGUGGGGAAAGGAUUUCGCCGACAACCAGGCUCGCUUUGCCUACUUCUGCAAGGCAUCGCUGAAGGCCAUCCAGGACAGACGUCUCAUUGGUGCUCUUUGGCAUGUCGACUUUAGCAGAACUCCACCUCACUUGAAGGCUGAGCUGAAACUUGGUGGAAUUGCGUACGGUGGUGACUCCAUGGUGGUUUGCAACGAUUGGCACAGUGCGUUGGUGCCAAUGUUCAUCCAUGCGGAGAAGUCCACAAACCCAAGCAAGUGGCAGAACACCAAGACCGCCUUCCUUUGCCACAAUGCUGUGUUCCAGGGCCGCUUCGUUCGCGAGGAAGGUUUGGCAGAGAUCUUCGGUGUCCCACAGCGCUACAUCGACGCUAUCACCUUCAAGCAGCCUCUUCGCAUAGGCAAGUACAACGAGAAGGUGGGUGCCCCCAAGACGUGCAAAGGCAGGGACCAGGAAGGUUUUGGGCAGGUGUCGUGCGUCAACACCAUGGCUGCUGGCCUCCGCUACUCGGAUCGUGCCGGCACCCCAACCGGCAUGAGAGAUGAUGAGAGCACAGCUGCAACAGAUGCCUUGACCGUGUCCCCUUCCUACGCGAAAGAGAUCACCAUGGACCCCGAGAAGGGCGUGGAGUUGGAGGCGCUCUUCAAGAUGGGAAUCCUGAACGGUGUCAAAGAGGGUGUUUCCCCAAGUGACAUGAACUUCGUCACCAAGACCAUGAUGUCUUGCGGGCCGUUCACCGCCGGCCGGUUUCGAUGUCACGUGUGCGCUCAGUGUCAGCCUCGCAAGCUUUGCCAGAACCUCUAUCGCAAGCAGAACAACAUGACGGAGUGCAAGGGCCCCUUGAUGUGCUUCAUCGGAAGGUUGGAUGCCCAGAAGGGCUACGACCUCCUCCUCGAGGCACUCAUGGAAGUGCUGGAGGACACCGAACUGCAAAUGGUGGUGGUUGGCGCUGGCCGCGCCGAUCUCGUGGCCCAGACGAAAGCCGUGGAAAAGCAAUUUCCGAACAAGCUGUUCUACGCAGGCUGGAUGGGAGCGGAGCGUUAUGCUCUGCUGGCCGGAUGCGACUACACAUUGCUGCCAUCCAGGUGGGAGCCAUGCGGACUUGUGCAGAUGGAGGCUAUGCGCUUGGGAACGCUGCCCAUCGUCGCCCCAACUGGAGGCUUGAAGGACACCGUCGAGGAUGGCCUGAACGGCCUCUGGACGGAUGGUGAGAUGACCGUCGAAGCGAUUGUGGAGCAGGAGCUAGAUCUGGCAGUCUGGCUCCAUCGCAAAAGACGUGAAGCCACUAUCGAGCAAGAGUCGGUGACGUCCUUGGCCAAGGCCCUGCGCCGAGCUUGUCAGCUCUUCCAGUCAGAGCCUGGCAAGGUAGUUGAGAUGAAGAAGGCUGCGAUGGCCGCUGCUGCAGAGUUCACCUGGAGCAACGCAGCACUGCAGUACGAGGCCAUCUUCCAAGAGUUGGGCGUCAAGGACGUGCUGCCACAGUGCGGCGGAUACGCCACGGUCACGCUGGAGACAGACAAACAGGUCGGCGCAGAGGUGGCCGACAACUUGGACAAGGUUGAGAAGAAUGCGGAGCCCUUGCGCCACUACCUGGCCGCUGGCGAGGCCUGGGAGGCGGCCAUGGGCCUGGCAAAUCGUGCCGGCGAGGCUCUCAACGAGGUAGAGGCAUUUGCGACGCGUGCGUUUUCCAGCGACGGCUCGCCUCUGAUCUUGCAUACAGAAGACCAGGCAGCGCUGCGACGCACGAUCUCCCGUCAGGCUCAGCUCCAGGUCUCUCACUGCUGUUUCAAGUGCAGUGCACCGAGCUCUUCCUUUGACCUGGCUUGCAGCAAAUGCUCCGUGGCUCUUUGCUCCGCUUGUGUGGGUCGGCUCGGCGAGAGGCCCUGCUGUCCUGGUUGCAAGGACACCGAAGUUUUCAAUGUGGCAGCUGUUCGUUUCCACCAGAGUGCGCAGCAGAUCACCACUUCCGCUGCCAGCCUCUGGGAGGGCAUCUUGUACCUCGGCAAGGAGCUUCUCGAAAGCAGUCCGCAAGGCUCUCCCGUUGCGGCUGACGCCAGUUCAGGGCCUGGAAAACCACGCCUGUCUGGGCACCCAGUGAAGUUCAUGGCGUGCAAUUCUCCUUCUCAGUUCGCUGGAGGAGACGCCUCGAAAUCCCAAAUCGUCAACUUCAACUUUGAGCUGGAAGCCGGAAGUGCCACAAAGCAGGAGGGCAAAGAGGGUGAGGUGCUCUGCGUCAAAAGCACCUUCCUGGACAUGGGGGAUGGGCUCAGUCUCAAGAAACGAUUCCGGACCUUUCGCAAGGCCUCUACAGAUGGGAACCUGGACGACGGAGAGGGCCCAGAGGUCUACGAGCCAGGCACAUUUUCACCAAAGUGUGUCGAUCGCUCAGAGUCAGAGGACUCAGGGACAAAGACUGGCGCGACAACGCCCACAAUGCCCUCUGGAGCAGAGGACAACAGCGAACCUGAGACCUGUGAAGAAAAGUGCGAAGAGGAACACGGCGAAUGGCCAAAGCAGGAUUCAAGCCGAAGGAGGCCGCGCACAACGGUAAUGAUGCGAAAUCUGCCCAACAACUACACAAGGUCCAUGCUGCUACAGCUGCUUGACUCACGCGACUUCGCCGGGCAGUACGACUUUCUCUACCUUCCAAUCGACUUCACGCGUAGGGCAAACCUCGGCUACGCCUUCGUAAACCUCGUCAGUGAGGAAGCCGUUGCUUCAUUUUGGGAGCUCUUCGACGGGUUCAGCGCAUGGUCUUUCCCUUCCUCGAAGGUUUGUGAGGUGUCCUGGAGCGGUCCGAAGCAAGGGUUCAAGGCCCACGUGGACCGCUACAAGAACAGCCCCGUGAUGCACAAGAGCGUCCCUGACGAGUACAAGCCCAUGAUAUUCGCCAACGGGGUGCGAAAGAAGUUUCCUGCUCCAACAAUCCGAAUUCAGCACCCAAAGAAAGCUGGAAAGCAAUGA